AUGGCUGAGGGUCUGACUCAGUCCGACUUUUGGGCUCAGAGUGCAGGUCUUGAGGUCAUUGACCCUUCUGUCCUUGAUGAGGCAGUCACCAAUGAUCGGGUCCAAGAGAGUAUAGCCAACAUCCGGAAGAGUAUAGCCAAGAUCAAGGGAGUACUACCAGGAUGGCCUUAUGCGGUCACUAGGGAGGAUGUGAUUACCGCAAGAAAUGACGGUAGACUCGGCAUCACUCUGCCAGCUUUUGAAGACUUAUCCGAUCUGGAUAUACAUAAAGAAAGAUGUCCCAAAAUGGAAAGUGUUGCUGAUGCCAUACCUUCUGAGAUUGAUAUGAUCAAACUUGUCAUGAAGAGUCUCAGAUCAGAAGAGCUCAAUCCAGAGGACACCAAAUGGAUAUUGAAGUGGCUUCCCAGUUACGCAUUUGAGACAUCUGGAAUAGCAAAUGAUCUAGUGGAUGAGGCCUACAUGCUCAGAGCACAAAAGGAAAUCUUGAAUAGUCUAAGCGGUGCACUGGAACGUCGACAUUGGGAAGUUGAUGUAGAGUUGGAAGACAACUGGACACAGUUCAACACCCUACUCGGAGAACGGCCAGAUCCAGCAGAUCCUGAGGCAGAUGGUAUCAUGGAAGCGCUCUGGAAGCAGUACAACCCAGAUCAUCAGGAGUCUGACAAUGUCACCUUGACCAAUAUUGGUCAAGCACUGCAGAAGGAGAACAGUCUACCAAAACAACAAGCUCAGGACAGGAAAGAAGCAAGGGUCAUCCUCUUGCCCACAGGUCAUGACAAAAGUCCGAGAUUGAGAGAUGGUGCCAAAAGUUGGGAGAUCUACUGGGAGUUUCAAGGUAGACGUGCUCAAGAGGGCACACCAUAA